AUGACAAAUGCUGCAACCUUCCCCCAGGGUCUGCGGCUGCUGCUGGUGACGUCCCAGGGCUGCGACUCGGAGGCAGCGCUGAGACACCCCGACUUAGGCUAUGCCGUCACCUCGGUGCACAGCCUGCAGGCGGGGCAGGCGUGCUUUGCUGGCGGCGCCGCCACUUACGACUGCGUGCUGCUCGACCAGCUGCUGCUGGCGGCUGGCGGCAAGGCCCAGGGCGAGGCGCUGUUCAGGGCGGCCGCCGUGGGGCAGGCUCCCGUGGUGCUCGUGGGAGAGAGCCCCAGCCAUGAGGAGGUGAUGGAGGGCGUGCGCCUGGGCGCCGCCGACUAUCUGGAGCGCCCGCUGCCCUUCCUCAAGCUCAAGACGCUCUGGCAGCACAAGAUUCGCAGGAUGAUGGUCCACGCCAAUGGCGGCGCCCUCCCCCGCCCGCCCUCCUGCCCCCAGCUUCCGGGCAGCAGCGACGGGGCGGCCGCCGCAGCCUCGGGCAGCGCGGGCAGGCCCGUGCCGCGCAGCACCAGCGUCCCCGGGCUGAGCUGCCCCGCCACGCCCUCCCUGCACCCCGCCGCCGCCGCCGCCCCGCAGACCAGCAACAGCCUGGCCUCUGGCAGCAGCCAGGGCCCUAGCCGCGCGCCGGCUGCGGCAGGCGGCGCCGCCGAGCGCUCUGACGCCACCAGCGGCGCGCCCCGCCCGCCGCCGCCGCCCCUGGCCUGCCUGCGGCUCGGCGCCACGGCCUGGGAGGCGCCUGCCUCGGAGGUGGAUUGGCCGCCGCUGCCCGGGGACGCCGCCUGGGGCACGCCCGUGGGCUGCGGCAUCCCGCCUCCCCUGCCGGGUGCCGCCUGCGCCGCCCCCGCCACGCCUCCCGCCCAGCGCCUGGCGAUCACGUGGUGCCCGCCGGGCUCCCUGCCCUGGCCCGCCUCCACCUACGACCUGCUGCUGCCAGAGGACUUUAGCCUGGCUGGCGCCCCACCCACCCCCGCCACCCCCACCGGUGCGUGCCGGGGCCCGCUGGGCCUGCGCCUGACCGUCACCCCAGACCUGCUGUCGGGCAUCAAUGCGGCGCUGCGGGCUGGGCCCACACCCUCGCCAGCCCCCAGCCCCGCCCUGUACCCCACAGCCUGA